AUGCCAAGCAAAGAAGGCAGUGAUGUUCUAUUGCAUCACAGCUUUACGUGGACCUCGUGGAUCCAUUUUGCUAUUCAUCUACAAACAUUCGAGCAGGAGCACGAGUCUGCUCGGAUGAGCGGGAUAUUCCUUGAUUGCGAUGCUCUCUGGCUUGCUGUAUAUUUUGGCUUCAUAGCAAUGAGUCUUAUGUUUAUGGAUGAGGAUGAGGCUAGAAAAGACUACCUCUAG